AUGGGCACUUAUCGCCAUCUCAUGGUUUAUUUUUGUUGUUGUUCUAUAGUUUUUAGCAUUAUUGACUUAUGUGUUCAGCCGAAUAUUCAAACCUAUAAAAGUGCAUAUUUCAUGUUUGUGGAUGUCAAAAAGAGGAAUCUAGAUCCGUUUGUAGCUCGUAUUGGAUUGAAUGCAUUAUGUGGAAGUUUUGGAAUUACGAUUUCUGGAAUUGCAGUUCAUUUUGUUUAUCGAUUUUUCGCUUUGGAGAGAAAAGGCCGCCUAAAAUAUUUCAAGGGCACCUACAUGCUAAUUUGGUAUUCAAUUCCAAUAUUCAGUGGAAUAAGCUGGUUUCUAGUGACGUGGAAUAUGUCUCCCAUAAACUCGAUGUAUACAGACUAUAUCAGACCAACAAUUUUAGAAACUUUUGGGGUUCAUGUGGAGGAUACUGUUUACGUAUGUGGACUUUUUCAUCCAAUUGACAAAAAUGGACAAAAAUAUUUAAAUUACCAAACGAUUUAUGCAUUUUCUAUUUAUAUUAUCCUUAUGGCUAUUCCAUUCUCUAUAAUUUUAAUUUUUGGAUUCAAAAGUUGGAAAAUUGUGACCAAUUUAUUGGAAAAUGGCGAAUCGGAAUAUUCAAGAAACUUACAAAUGCAAUUGUAUAAGGCUUUAGUGGCUCAGACAAUCCUCCCAGUUUCCUUUCUCUUUAUCCCAUUCGGCCUUAUAUUCACUCUCCCGAUGUUCGAAGUUAAUUGCCAGUUAAUUGCUUACCUAAUUACCCUAAUUUUUGCCACGUAUCCAGCUUUGGACCCCUUACCAAUACUGUACUUUGUAGAUUUCUAUAGAAAUCCGAUAAUUGAAACUUUCAAGAAAUUAAAAUGCAAAGGAAGCCAAGUUUCACCGGAUGUUGAGCGUUCUGUUAUUGUUGAAUGA